CUUCCGGAUCACUAUCCGCUCAGGCGGAAGGAGCUCCGCUCGGGUUCGGUUGAUCUCCACUCACAUCUUUUUAAUCUUGAAGACUUCAAAAUAUACUGGGAUCUACCACUUUUUUGGAAAACUUUUCUACCAAGCAAUAAAUCACCCACUGUGCUCUUGUUAUAGCAUAGCAACUUUUGAGUUUUCCGUGUCUAAACAAGAUUUUCUUUCAUUUUCCCAUGAAUCCACAUUGUUGCUUAUUCACUUUAGUGGUGAUUGUUAUUGUGCCAGCUGCUCUUGUUGUGGAAGAUGUGGACUUCAACCAAAUGGCCCCUCUGGGAGCAAAUCAGAGUACUUCCAAUGCAUCAUUUCUCCCAACCUUUGAACUCACAGCAGGUUCCCACUCAGGUGAUGAUGUCAUCAUAGCCAAAGAGGGAACUAGCAUUUCAAUUAAAUGUCUUCUCACAGCUGAUCACUAUGAAGAUGUCCGUUGGUACAACUCAAAAGGACAACAACUGGAUGACAGAGGCAGAGGUGGAAAAUGGUUGGUUUCUGAUAACUUCCUAAAUAUCACCAAUGUAGCCUUUGAUGACCGUGGGCUCUACACAUGCUUUGUCACCUCUCCGGUUCGUGCCUCCUAUUCUGUCACCCUACGCGUUAUCUUCACCUCGGGAGACAUGAGUAUCUACUACAUGAUUGUGUGCCUGAUUGCCUUUACAAUCACUCUCAUCUUGAAUGUUACACGGCUGUGCAUGAUGAGCAGCCAUCUCCGCAAGACUGAGAAGGCCAUCAAUGAGUUCUUCAGAACUGAAGGGGCUGAGAAAUUGCAGAAGGCCUUUGAGAUUGCAAAACGCAUCCCCAUCAUCACCUCAGCCAAGACUCUCGAACUCGCCAAAGUCACUCAGUUUAAGACCAUGGAGUUUGCUCGUUACAUUGAGGAACUAGCAAGAAGUGUUCCUCUUCCACCCCUUAUUCUAAACUGUCGGGCCUUUGUUGAAGAGAUGUUUGAGGCUGUAAGAGUGGAUGACCCUGACGACAUGGGAGAAAGAAUUAAAGAGAGACCUGCCUUGGAUGCUCAAGGUGGCAUCUAUGUCAUUAACCCAGAGAUGGGGCGGAGCAACUCACCAGGAGGAGAUUCAGAUGAUGGCUCUCUGAAUGAGCAAGGCCAAGAGAUAGCAGUUCAGGUUUCUGUCCACCUUCAGUCAGAGACCAAAAGUAUUGAUACAGAUUCUCAAGACAGCAAUCAUUUCAUCCCACCUGAUGAUACAGGAUCUGCAGAAUCCAGCUCUAACUACAAAGAUGGGGCAUAUGAAAACUGUCAGCUAUGAACUGUCCCAGUACCUACAAAACUUCUCUCAGGAGAGGACCUGUUUCUUGGAGGAAAUAACAUUUUAACCAAAAGAUGACUGGGAUUUUUCCUUUAUAUUAAGCACAUCAGAACAUGAAUUGCCAAAAUCUUUGCAAAAAAUGCAGCAUUUUCCUAUCUGAUAUAUCUCAGUUAUUUUUCCUUGAGCUUAAUUAGAUGAUGCAUGUUAAGAUUUAAAGGAGCCUGAGAGAUAAGUAUAAUGGAAAAAGACUGAACUAACUGUCCCAUGGCUCCUCUUCCAUUGGCAGAUGUGACACUUGAGUUCUCAAUUCCCAUCAGUAAGAUGAGGGAUUUGCAAUAGAUAAGAGCACCUUUAAAUCAUAAAAAUCUUCACUACAUCACUAGAUAAACCUUUCCCUAGACUUUUAGUCCUCCCCACCACCACCUUUUCUUUUGGAAAGGACCAAGCUGAGAGUUUAUGCUCUAGAUUUCUACACUGAUCCCAUAGUACACAGAAGUGUGGACAUUUUUCAACUGUUCUGCCUUGUGGAUGUACAAUUGUAUGUGCCAGAUUGAAUCUUUUUAAUGUAUCACGUGGACUGUUGUACAGAUAUUGGGGAGCUAACUGCUCUUUAGCAAACUGCUUGCCACGAGUAAAUUGGUCCUUCUUGUGGCCAUAUCAUGUCUUUUUAACUUACUGAGACGACAUUUAGUUCAUGGAGGCUGGCAGUGGUUUCCCAACUGGUCUCCCAAAAUGAGCAGUCUUUUCCUAAAGAAUAAUGUUUUCACUGCUUUUAAAAUAAGAAUAAUACCACAUUGUCUCUGUUAAAUCAUGAAUUUUUAUAUUUCUGUUGAGAAUUUCUCAGGCUUUCCCUUUUUAAAAGUAUUGGACUCAAGAAGUAGGUUCUAUCUUUGGGAUACUAUUCUAGAACUUAUAUUCCUCUUUAGACCUCUGUCAACACUCCUGCACUCUGUGGUCUUAAAUAUGGUGCUAACGGUUGCAUGCCUCGUUAUUUUACUUAUUUGUAUAUAUUUUAUUGUUGAUGUUUUUGUGUAUUUCAGAUGUGUAAUUUUGAGCUAGGUCUGCUUUUGUGGCCUUUCUAAGAAGCAUUUACCUGAAAUAAGAUUAGAAAAUUGUGUUUGGUGUGUUACUGUAUUAAGACAGAGAGAGAAUCUAGACAGAGGGAGAGAAAUGAUGAACGACGCCACCUGGUUCAACUGUGUACAAUAAACACUGAACAUGGCAUUUCUUGCCUGGCUAAGAUCUGAUAUAAUGGAAUUGUAAAUACUCUGCAGAAUAAUUUCUUCAGCUCCAGGAAGCUUGGUGCCGAAUAAUUUUAAGAACUUAGUAGUGGAGCUCCAUUUGAUGCUUCACAUUUCUUCAUUUGGUUUCUGGUUAUUGAAGCAUUCCUUGAACUAGAAGCUUCUGAGGGAAAUGUUCAAACAGGGUUUUAUCGAGAUUUUAAUUUAAGGUUUCAAACAAAAAGACAGGAAAUGUAAAGUGUGACCUGUAGAACCCAUGCCUCCCUUUGUCCAGACUUAACCAAAGUAAUAUAUCUGCUCUGGACAGCAUGAAUGAAUCAAUGUGCAGCUUUAUCAGAUGGCAUUAUGGAUAAAGAUGAUAAUGCUGCCUUUUCUGUCUCUCAGGCUGUUUCCAUGGAAACCUCCAGAGCCAAACAAAUGCUACCAAUCAAUUAGCCAAAGCUUACCUUGGCCCUUAGAGGUGUUUUCCUGAAGUAAAACUGUUUUUGGACAUUUGUCUAGGACAGCAAGGGCUUUUAAACAUACCCUAGUUUAUGAAGCACUUUUUUCUUUCCUACAAUGUUUCUCCUGAAAAAUUAAAAAAAAAAAAAAGUUUAAAGCCCCUGUGUAUGUCAAUCUCCUUAAUAUCC